AUGGCUUUUCCACCUGGUUUUCACAGCAAGGGAGAGCAUGGAGAACAGCUUGUAUGUAGAUUGAAUAAGUCACUUUAUGGACUUAAACAGGCCUCCAGACAAUGGUUUUCUAAGUUCUCAAGCACAUUAAUUCAACUUAGGUUUACUCAAUCUAAGGCUGACUACUCACUCUUCACUAGGCAACAAGGAGAUUCAUUCAUUGCCUUGUUAGUAUAUGUUGAUGACAUUCUCAUAGCAAGCAAUGAUAAGGGGCAAGUUGAUCAAUUUAAGGUGAUAUUGAAUCAGAAAUUCCAACUAAAGGAUUUAGGUGCAUUGAGAUACUUUCUUGGUUUGGAAGUAGCAAGGACAGAAAAAGGCAUUUCCCUAUGUCAAAGGAAGUAUGCCCUUGAGAUUUUGGAGGAUGCAGGGCUUCUUGGGUGCAAACCUGUGAAGAUUCCUAUGGAUCAAAGUCUGAAGCUCAGCAAGCAUGAAGGUUUAUUACUUGAUGAUCCAGGGCAAUAUAGAAGGUUGGUGGGAAGGUUGCUGUACCUAAGCAUCACUAGACCUGACCUCACCUUUGCAGUCCACAAACUGAGCCAAUUUAUGGCUAAACCAAGAAAACCACACCUUGAAGCAGCACUUAAAGUUUUGCAGUACUUGAAGAAUGAACCGGGUAAAGGUAUUUUCUUCUCAGCAAAUUCAGAGUUGCAUGUAAAAGGUUUCACGGAUUCUGACUGGGCUUCAUGUCCAGAUACCAGAAGAUCUGUUACUGGAUAUUGUAUAUUCCUUGGAGACUCAUUGAUUUCUUGGAAAUCAAAGAAACAAUCCACUGUUUCCAGAUCAUCAGCAGAGGCAGAAUAUCGGGCUAUGGCUAUUUCAACUUGUGAAGUGGUUUGGAUUCUUUAUCUGCUAAAGGAUCUUCAGAUUAAUCACAACAAAGAAGCUUUGUUGUUCUGUGACAGCCAGGCAGCACUCCACAUAGGUUCCAAUCCUGUUUUCCAUGAACGAACGAAAUACAUAGAAAUUGACUGCCAUGUUGUAAGGAAUAAAGUGUUGGAGAAAGUUAUCAAACUCAUUCAUGUUAGAACUCAAUCUCAAUUGGCAGAUUUGCUUACUAAGGCUUUGAGUCAUAAACAAUUUUCAGAACUUUUAUCCAAGAUGGGACUCAUCAAAAUUUAUCAACCCACAGUCCAUCUUGAGGGGGAGUAUCAAGAUCAAAGCAAACACUUAGAGCAAAAGAAGCCAGGUUCAACAUGUAUAGCAGAAGUUCAAGAAGUCAUCUUAGAAGCUCUUGUCGUUUAA